CGCCGACGCCAAUCCACGACAAAGGGAACAUACGUGGAAUUGAAAACCAUGACGGGCAAGGGAAUUGGUUGUCUGGCCGAGGCUAUGGGCGCUCUGCGGGUGUCUGCUAGGCCGGCUGCUCUUAGCAAGACGUUUACAAGGUCAAUGGCUACAGAGGUAUCUUCUACCGAUGCCCCUGCUGUCUCUAAAUCUGCCGAUACCCCUCAGGGCAUUCUAGAGUCAUGGAAGCCCGUCUCGACCGUCCCCCUCACAAUCCACAGCUUCCCCUCCCUCGAGCCAACAGCCCUCGAGCAAUGGUCUAUCAACCACCUCUACCUCCCCCUGCGCCGCGACAUCCUCCACCUCGCCGUCGUCUUCGAGGGCGACAACACCCGCCAGGGCACAGCCUCGACCAAGAACCGCUGGGAGAUUAACGGAUCGCACCGCAAGAUGCGACCUCAGAAGGGAACCGGCCGCGCCCGUCUGGGAACCAAGCAGAGUCCCCUCCUCCGAGGUGGUGGAAAGGUGUUUGGACCUAAACCUCGCGACUUUGGAACCGGUCUUAACCGAAAGGUUUACGACAAGGCUUGGCGCACUGCGUUGAGUUAUCGUUACCGCAAGGGAGAUUUGAUUGUGUGUGAGGAUGGUAUGGAUCUUGCUCUGCCGACCGACUUUGAGCUGCUUGCUGGAAAGUACCUCAAGGACGGCAUGAAGGAGACAUAUCUCAAGAAGUACAUGACAGGCAUGCUGGGUAACCUGGGUCUUGGCCGGGCUAGCGGCCGCACCCUCUUUGUGACGGGCAACCGCCGCGAGGCUCUCUUCGAGGCCAUGGAGCAAGUCCCUUGGGAGGGUCGAGCACUGGACCUCGAGGACGUGGACGUCAAGGAUCUCCUAGAGACGGGCAAGGUGGUGCUGGAGAGGAGUGUGCUCAAGGAGAUGAUUGAGCAGCACCAGAGCGACUUGGUGAGCCGGGUCGUGAUGCAAGGUCUCGUCAAGGGAGGACCCGCGACGGGGACAAGGGUGAUUGGGGCAUAA